AUGCCCGACCUCAACUCCGUACCGCCUUCACCCCAUUUCCUCUCGCGUCGUGCAUCACAGCAGAUGCCACCACUGCCAGCCCCCAGUUCGCUGAUUCUGCCGUCAAACCAAGCCGCCGUACACAACCCAAACAGCACAUCCACUCCGGUACUGCCAUCACCGCAAUUCCCACCGCCCAUCAGUCAAUUGCCCGGCAGCACCAUGACGACUGGCGACAACACUGGCGUUGGCUCCGGCCCCGGGCCAACUCGACAUCCCCGGCCCCCAACUGCCGCAGAACUCCAUUCCGAACUUGAGAAGGAGCAGGAGGCUCGAAUCAACCGGCUUACCCGUGAACUCGCUGCCCUCAGGGCUCUCCACAACGAAUCUGUCGUCUCCAAUGCAUCCUCGACCAGCGCUACCGGCACCGAGCCAGGCGAUCCCCGUUCCGGUCGACACAUUCGCACACUCUCCAACACCAGCACGCGAAGCAAUAUGGGUUCAGUCUCGACCACAUCCAUGGCCGGAAUCUCGUCCCCCGCGCCUGUCCGUUCGAGUCCUUACCCGACCACUGCCCUGGGCGGUGUUGCACUCUCCCGCCAAGGCAGUACCACUUCCCGCCGUAGUAGGGCUGGGUCACCAGCUCCUCUGGUGUACGGCUCCAGUUAUUCCAACGAGCCGACUUUGGCCAACUAUUUCUCUUCCAGGGUCCCACACGUGAGCAGCAGUACCUCUGUGCUCGCCACCCCUGGCUCCACAAGCGACCUCUCGCCCGGUCUAAUCCCGGCCACAGACCGUUAUCAGGAGACGGCUUUCUACCGCGAGCAGCUCGAGGCCACCAAGCGAGAGAAUGAUGAGCUGAAGAAGAGAGUCCGCGAGCUCGAGAGAAUGGUUCGGGCCCGGAGAGGAAGUGAUGUCAGUGGCUCGGGAGCCACACCCGGUGCAGGUGCCUCACGCAGGGUUAGAAGUGAUAGUGUCAGCACGACAACAAGUGUUGCUGCCAGCGUAGCCACCAGUGCGACCGGAGCGGGUGGUAUUAGUGUGGCUGCCCAGAGACGGCCGAGGAUCACAAGUGCUACCAGCGGGCAGGGUGAUGGUGGUGCCUUGGAGCAGGAAGUCCGAGUUGGGGAGAGUGCGUCGAGCUCCGGGUUGCAAAGGGGGGUGGAUUUUCCUGCGAGGUAA